AAGCAGGGAAAAGUCAAAUUGUCAGUCACGUAAGGUUUUCAUGUGUUCGUAUGAGGUGACUGUUUGACGAGGUUUUCUGCCGCAGAAUUUGUUUUUUGUGGAAAUCAAACACAGACAUUGCGCCAUUUUUUCGCGAAUGUUUUUAAUGAAUUGCCAAUUUGAGUAGUAAACAAAACUUGAACCGCCUUUUGUUUGUGCGAAAUAUUAGUGUUUAAAUUAAUUACGGGAAUAAAAAGAAGUUAUUUUAAAUUGCCAUGGGAAUUCUAGGCCUCUCCAAGUUAAUUGCCGAUGUGUGCCCAACGGCCAUAAGGGAAGGCGAGAUAAAACAUUAUUUCGGUCGCAAAGUGGCCAUUGAUGCAUCCAUGUGUUUGUAUCAAUUUUUGAUAGCUGUGAGAGCCGAAGGCGCUCAACUUACUUCAGUGGAUGGCGACACAACCUCGCAUUUAAUGGGUAUGUUUUAUCGUACUAUACGUCUGUUGGACAAUGGCAUUAAGCCGUUAUAUGUGUUCGAUGGUAAGCCACCAGAUAUGAAAUCCGGGGAGUUGGCAAAAAGAGCCGAAAGACGUGAGGAGGCACAAAAAGCUUUGCAGCAGGCUACAGAGGCUGGCAAUGAGGCUGAUAUGGAUAAAUUUAACCGGCGUUUAGUGCGUGUAACUAAAGAUCAUGCAAAUGAAGCGAAGGAAUUGUUGAAGCUCAUGGGUGUACCCUAUGUGGAGGCGCCCUGUGAGGCAGAAGCCCAAUGUGCCGCUUUGGUGAAAGCAGGCAAAGUUUAUGCCACCGCCACAGAGGAUAUGGAUGCUUUAACAUUUGGCUCGACGGUAUUAUUGCGUCACUUGACAUUUAGUGAGGCACGUAAAAUGCCGGUCAAGGAGAUUAACUACAAUAAAGUAUUGGAUGGUUUUGGUCUUACCAGCAAGGAAUUUAUUGAUCUUUGCAUAUUGCUGGGUUGCGAUUACUGUGAAGGCAUUAAGGGCAUAGGACCCAAGCGUGCUAUUGAAUUAAUGAAUAGUUAUCGUGAUAUAGAGACAAUUUUGGAACAUAUUGAUCGUAAGAAAUAUACAGUGCCAGAAAAUUGGAAUUAUGAAGUGGCACGCCAGCUAUUUAUAACACCCGAUGUACAAGAUCCCACUGAAUUCGAUUUCAAAUGGACUGAGCCAGAUGAAGAGGGUUUGGUAAAGUUUUUGUGUGGUGAUCGUCAAUUUAGCGAGGAUCGUGUUAGAUCUGGAGCCAAAAAGAUUUUAAAAUCAAAACAAUCUCAAACUCAAGGACGGCUUGAUAGUUUCUUCAAGGUUUUACCUUCCACCGGUACACCAAAACGCAAAGCCGUCGACGAUAAAAAGAAUGCAAGUCUGAAAAAAGCCAAAGCUGGCAGUGGCAAUAGAGGCAGACGUCCAAAAUAAACAACUCAAGGUAAUUUACAAAAAGGGGUUUUAUUAUUUUGUCAGCAUUACUGUUUUUUUUUUGCAAUCAUAAUUUUUACUUAAAUGCUAUUGUUAUUAAAUGAAAAAAAGAAAAAAAAUGAAUAAAUUUGUGUUUUAAAGUAAA